AUGGAGGACGACAGAAGAGUGCAACAGCUUAACACGCGAAGGACGACUCUGCUCGCUUCGAUCAACCGAGCUGAUCAGUUCCUCCAAGGAUAUGAAGCCGACCGGGAUGUUUUGGAGCUGAAUCUGAGAAUCGAAAACCUGGAAGUGUUGUGGCAGGGACUGGAAGAAGCACAAGCCGAGCUGGAGGAGCUGGAAACCACAAACGAAGGGAUGGUAAGAAACUUGCAGUUUCGUGCGGAAUUUGAGCCGAAACUGUUUAGAAUAAAGGCUGGUUUACUUUCUAAAAUGCCUCCUCCAACUUCUUCGACUGUUGAUCUCCCUCAAACCCCCCCUACUCGAACUGGGUCUGGUCUGGCUGGUCUGAAAUUACCUACGAUUGCGUUGCCAGAAUUCUCCGGCGACUACCAAGAUUGGCUCGCUUUCCAUGAUACAUUUCAUGCUCUGAUUCAUUCUAACGUUGAAGUUGCUGAUAUACAAAAGUUUCACUAUUUGCGUGCUGCAGUGAAAGGUGAUGCGGCUCAAGUGAUCGAAUCGAUAUCAAUCAGUGCUGCAAAUUACCGCCUCGCCUGGGAGGCUCUCGUAUCACGCUACUCAAACGAAUAUCUUCUCAAGAAACGCCACCUUCAGGCCAUGCUUGAAACGCCGCGAAUGAGGGAAGAAUCCGCCGUCGCUUUGCAUGGACUUGUGGACGAGUUCGAGAGGCACACGAAAGUGUUGAAGCAGUUAGGAUCAGCACCAAACACUAGUCCCUUUGGUAAACAAAAAAGGGCCUACCCGUUAAAAUUGGCCACCCACGCCGUUACUGAAGACUCUACACAAAAGGUGAAUGCUGUCAACCGUCCAGGGGUUCCGUGGCGUCAGUUUAAACGAAUGUCUCUCACAGAACGGUUGAAUAUGGUCAAUCAGAGACGUCUUUGCUUCAAUUGUUUACGCGGCGAUCAUUAUGUUGGAAGCUGCCCAAGUAAAAUCGGCUGCCGCACCUGCGAGAAGCGUCAUCAUACUACCCUGCACCCUGGUUACGUUGAAUGCCCGUCUAAAAGUAAUUCAGCACAGACCUCAAUUGCAACCGGAAAUCGUUUGCAGUCCAUAGUCCAAACGAAUGUCACGACAGCUUGCAACGUUAGUCUUACCCCAAAGUUGUCUGAUCCAUCAGAUAUUGAUGUACAGCUAUCCACAUUUUCAGCCCAAGUGAUGCGGACGAACCAUAUGUUCAUGUUGACAGUUGUUCUCAUCAUCGUCGAUGCUUACGGUCAGGAGCAUCUAGCCAGGGCACUACUCGACUCUGCUUCCCAACCAAAUCUCAUUACGGAACGUAUGGCACAGAUACUAAGACUUAAGCGUAAGAAGGUGAAUGUACAGUUACAGGGACCUGGAGGAAUCGCAAUACGAGCUUCUGAUACAGUAUUCACACAAAUCCGUUCUCGAAAGGAAGAUUUUACCCGUGAUGUUGAAUUUCUAGUGUUACCCCAAGUCACAGCGGAUCUGCCAGAGCAAGAUGUACCUGUUAUUGAUUGGAACAUUCCUAAGGAUCUUUUUAUGGCGGAUCCGCAUUUCUACAUGCGAGGAAAAAUUGAUAUGAUCAUCGGCCUGCCUCACUUUUUUGCGUGUUUCAAAACACCCGCUCGCAUUCGCUUAUCGAACGACCUUCCCGAGAUGGUGGACAGCGUUUUCGGUUGGAUUGUUGCUGGUUCCGGUGAUUUGGUUUCCGUUACUCCAGAUUUAGUAAAAUGCCACACUACAACCGUGUGUUUAACCACGCUGGAGGAAAAUUUGGAACGGUUUUGGAACAUUGAAGAAUUGCCGUCGCGAUCCGAUUACUCAAUGGAAGAAAGGGAGUGCGAGCAGCACUAUUCAUCUACUGUUGAAAGGGACAGUACUGGUCGCUAUACCGUGCGUAUUCCGCGCCAUCCAGACUUCGAUACAAUGCUAGGAGAGUCCAAGUCAUCAGCACUACGACGAUUCAAAUUGUUAGAACGGAGGCUAGAACGUGACACCCGAUUAAAAGUCGAAUACCAUAGAUUUAUGCAGGAGUACAUCACAUUGGGCCAUAUGAGACUUCUGCAACCGUCCGAACAGUCUGCUAAUAAAUGCCUUUACCUUCCACAUCAUCCAGUCAUCAAACACUCCAGCACGACGACUAAGGUACGCGUCGUCUUCGAUGGCUCCGCCAAGACAUCAACGGGGUUCUCGCUGAAUGAUGCACUCCGCGUUGGACCGGUUGUACAGGACGACCUACUCUCGAUUGUUCUUCGAUUUAGAACGUUUCCAGUUGCAGUUGUAGCAGACAUCGCCAAAAUGUACCGUCAAGUGCUAGUGCAUUCGGAUGACACUCCAUACCAGCGCAUUUUUUGGAGAUUUGGUGAUUCAGGGCCCAUUCAAGCGUACGAGUUAUUAACCGUAACUUAUGGCCUCGCCCCGUCUUCAUUUUUGGCAACUCGUACACUUCAACAAUUAGCCCGGGAUGAAGGUGCUGCAUAUCCCAUGGCUGCACAAACUCUCCAGAAGGGGUUCUAUGUGGAUGAUUGUCUAGGAGGUGCCCAAUCAAUCGACGAAGCUUUGCAAUUACGAGAGGAACUGGACAGUUUGCUCACCAAAGGCGGAUUCACUCUGCGAAAGUGGACAUCUAACAAGCUCGAAAUACUGCAAGGACUUGAACCGGACCAGAUCGGUACACAAUCCGCACUAAUGUUUGCACCAGAAGAAUCAAUAAGCGCCCUAGGCAUUGGAUGGGAACCGGAAACCGACAAAUUACGUUUUGAUUCGAAAAUUGAUCGAGAGGCCGUAGCUGACACCAAGCGAAAAAUUUUGUCAUCAAUUUCACAAUUAUUUGAUCCACUGGGGUUGAUCGCUCCAGUAGUAAUUCGAGGAAAAAUGCUAAUGCAGGAAUUAUGGCUGCUGCACUGCGAUUGGGACGAUUCUGUACCAGAUAUCGUGCAAGAAAAGUGGAACCAAUAUCAGCAACAACUUCCUAAGAUAGCUGAAUACACAGUAGAUCGCUACGCAUUCCUGCCAAAUUCGAAAGUCCAACUGCAUACUUUCUCGGACGCCUCAGAAAGUGCAUAUGGAGCAUGCGUUUACGCGAGGUCCAUCGACAAUCACGGUAAUAUCAGGGUCCAACUGCUAGCAUCGAAAUCUCGCGUGGCACCUUUAAAACGCAUCACGCUUCCCAGGCUCGAGCUAUGCGCAGCCGUCGUCGGAUCUCAGCUUUUCUCGCACGUUGUGAAGGCACUACAAAUGGAAGUUUCAGAUGCCCGGUUUUGGUCCGAUUCGACGAUAACAAUUCAAUGGCUUCAGGCGCCUCCACAUACUUGGAAAACAUUUGUCGCCAACAGAGUUUCUGAGAUACAAGCCAACACUCAUGGGUAUCGAUGGAGCCAUAUAGCUGGCAACGAAAACCCAGCUGAUUUAGUUUCCCGUGGAAUGAGUGUGGAGGAAUUUCUUGCAAGUUACCUUUGGAAGUAUGGUCCAGAAUGGCUUCGACUUUCAGAAAAGCAUUGGCCGGAGACUGCUCCUAUUCCUGCGGUUUUAGAUAACGUCGAAAUUCGUAGAGUCGUCGCUCCUAUAUUACGCACCAAACCAUUCACUAAUCCAAUUUUCUGCCGGUAUUCGUCAUUCAGCAAACUCGUUCGUGUAGCGGCCCACUGCCUCAGAUUUGUUCGUAAUAUUCGCGAAAAGGCGCGAGCGCAACCUCAGGACAGUACGGUUCAAGGCGCCGGUAAAUUAUUGACGACUCAACAAUUAAGUGAUGCUGAAAUUCGCUUGAUUCAGCUCGCCCAAAUCGACGCAUUUAAGCAGGAAAUAAACGAUCUGAAAAUGAUUGCCAGACAUUAUCAUCUGAAAAUGUUACAUGGUGGCGGCCAAUUAACACUUGCUGCUAUGCGUGAGCAAUAUUGGCCUGUGCACGGAAGACGAUUAAUACACAGCGUCAUUAGAAAAUGCCUUCCAUGUGCAAAGGUUAAUCCCGUCCCAGCCCAACAACAGACAGGUCAGCUACCCGUAGCCCGAGUCACUCCGAGCAGGCCAUUUACAGUAACUGGUAUCGACUACGCUGGACCUCUUUACUUAAAACCACCCCACAAACGCGCUGCCCCAACUAAGGCAUACAUCUGCAUUUUUGUAUGUUUUUCCACAAAAGCGGUACAUAUUGAGCUCGUAUCUGAUCUCACAACGUCAGCGUUUCUGGCUGCACUUCGCAGAUUCAUUUCGCGCCGUGGAUUGCCAAAGCAUAUCCAUUCCGAUAACGGCAAAAAUUUUGAAGGUGCCAGAAAUGAGCUGAGGGACUUGUACCUGAUGUUGCAGAAUGAUCGAGUGAUGGAAGCGAUCCAGUCGCAUUUGUCCAAUAAAGGAAUAACCUGGCACAUGACUCCUCCAAAGGCACCUCACUUUGGAGGCCUUUGGGAAGCGGCAGUCAAAGUUGCUAAAAAACAUCUCCAACGCCAACUAGGAAAUGUUCGAUUGUCGUUUGAAGACAUGGCCACAGUAUUGUCGCAAAUCGAAGCAAGUAUGAAUUCGCGACCAUUAACACCGAUGUCUGAGGACCCGAGCGAUUUCACUGCUUUAACCCCAGGGCACUUUUUAAUUGGAUCCUCGAUGCACGCACUUCCAGAACCCGAUAUACACUGCAUGGCCAGUAGCCGUUUAGAUCACUAUCAGCGAAUUCAGCAACUACAUCAACAAUUUUGGCACCGGUGGAGAACGGAAUACCUGCAGGAGCUUCAAAGGGACCAUAAAAUUUGCAAUGCAAACACGGAAAUUCUCCCGGGACGACAGGUGCUCAUCGUGGACGAAUGUCAGGCUCCCCUGAAGUGGCCGCUUGCCAGAAUCUUGGAGAUCCACCCAGGAGAAGACGAUUUGACUCGUGUAGUCACUCUGAAAACCAGUAAAGGAAUCAUAAAACGACCGAUCGUGAAAAUUUGUUUGUUGCCGAUAGAUCCUGCUGAACCGACUAAUCCUGAAACGAUGCUAGAAACGAUUCAUCAGGAAACGACGACACCGUUGAGCAGAAACCCCGAUUUAUAA